AUGCCGAACGAGGCAGCGCUUCUUCGGCCGCUCAGUUCCAAGCGAGCCCCGGUGCCUUGGCUGCUGCUGCUGCCCUUUGUCCCUGCAGCGGCAGCGCCCCGUCCUCGGAGCCCCCCAAAACGCUGGCCGCCCGUCCACACCCCACUCCUUCUCCUGCGCUCGGAAGGGAUUGCAGCAGCCGUGAAAGUGGUGAGAGUUCCGCACUGCGCCGCGCCCUCCCUCCAGCUCCCCGUCACGCCCUGCAGCAAGGCCAUGCACGGCGGGGAGCCAGAGAGCACGGCGGGAAGCUGGAGGGCACAGCGCGGCGGGUGGGAAUGCCGAACUCAAAAGCUGCACUCAUGCCUGCAGAGGAUCUCAUUCAACAACAGUGUUGGGGAUGAAAUUACAUUCAAUGAACAUGGAGAAUUAGCAGGUGGAUUUGAUAUUACCAACCUGGUCACUUUCCCAAAUAAUUCCUAUGUCAGGGUCAAAGUAGGAAAGCUGGAUCCUCAGGCCCCUCCUGGAAAAGAGCUCACCAUAAAUGGGGAUGAAAUCCAAUGGCCCAGAGUCUUCACUCAGGUGCCACCUCUUUCAUUGUGUAAUGCCAACUGCCUUCCUGGUUAUGAGAAGAAAAAGAAGGAGGGCAAGAAAUUUUGUUGUUAUGAUUGUGAUCCAUGUCCUCGUGGCAUGUUCUCAAAUGAGAAGGCUGUGGUACUUGGCAUUUUCAUUAAGCACCGGAACACUGCCAUCGUCAAAGCCAAUAACAGAAGCCUCACUUACAUUCUCCUAAUCUCCCUCCUCUUGUGUUUCCUUUGUUCCUUGAUGUUUAUUGGAAUGCCUAAUAAGGCAACCUGCCCACUCCGACAAACGGCUUUUGGCAUUGUCUUCUCUGUGGCCCUCUCUAGCAUCUUGGCCAAGACUAUUUCAGUGGUUUUGGCAUUCAUGGCUACCAAGCCAGGAUCCAGGAUCAGGAGAUGGGUAGGCAAAAAACUGGCUUAUUCCAUUGUCCUUUCCUGCUCUGUGAUUCAAGUAGGAAUCUGUGUCUUCUGGCUGGCAACCUCUCCCCCAUUCCCAGAUGUCGACAUGCACUCAAUGACUGAAGAAAUUAUAUUACUAUGCAAUGAAGGGUCAAUCCUCAUGUUCUAUUGUGUUUUGGGCUACAUGGGCUUCCUGGCCAUUAUCAGCUUCACUGUGGCCUUCCUAGCCAGGAAGUUGCCUGACAGUUUCAAUGAAGCCAAGUUCAUCACCUUCAGCAUGCUGGUCUUUUGCAGUGUUUGGCUUUCGUUUGUUCCAACUUAUCUGAGCACCAAAGGGAAAUACAUGGUGGCUGUGGAGAUCUUCUCCAUCUUGGCUUCCAGUGCUGGGCUGCUGGGUUGCAUCUUUUCCCCUAAAUGCUACAUUAUUGUGGUGAGGCCUGAGCUGAAUAACAGAGAGCAGUUGAUACGGAGAAAGAUGUAAAUAACAGUAUAGUUUGUUAUUUAUUUAUUUAGAAUCUGUAGACUUGUUAGCAGGGUAAUUUCACUGUGGUUUUUCACGAACAGAAGUUACCCUAAAUGAUCAAAAUAACAGAAGAGAUUGUCUUAUCAUUUAUGUUCUUGAUACCCAGCAUAAUUGCAUAUGAGGAACAGAUGAACUGGAAUUAGGUGUUUGAAAAAACUAUGGAUGAUAUCCAUAGCUCAUUCUGAGCACCAGAGGAAAAUCCAUGGUGGCUGUGGAGAUUUUCCAUCUUGGCUUCCAGUACUGCCUUCCCUCUUUUCCCCUAAAUGUUACAUGAUUUUUAUACUGCCUGAACUGAAUAAUAAUAAUAAUAAUAAUAAUAAUAAUAAUAAUAAUAAUAAUAAUAUAUUUAUUAUUUAUACCCCGCCCAUCUGGCCGGGUUCCCCCAGCCACUCUAGGCGGCUUCCAACAAAAUAUUGAAAUACAGAAAUCCAUCAAACAGUAAAAGCUUCCCUGAACAGGGCUGUCUUGAGAUUCCUUCUAAAGGUCUGGUAAUUGUUCUCUUUGACCUCUGGUGGGAGGGCAUUCCACAGGGUGGGUGCCACUACCGAGAAGGCCCACUGCCUGGUUCCCUGUAACUUGGCUUCUUGUAGCGAGGGAACCACCAGAAGGCCCUCGGCGCUGGACCUCAGUGUCCGGGCAGAAUGAUGGGGGAGGAGACGCUCCUUCAGGUAUACUGGACCGAGGCCGUUUAGGGCUUUAAAGUUCAGCACCAACACUUUGAAUUGUGCUUGCAAACAUACUGGGAUUCCCGUACUGGGAAUAAUAGAGACAAGCUGAUACGGAGCAAAGUAUAAAUGACAGAAGAGAUCGCAGUAUAUGUGUAUGAAUGAAACUAUGGAUGAAAUCCAACAUAUCCAACAAUCUGAAUGCCUACAACUUCCCUUACCCUACUUUUGCUGUAUCCACUUCCCCAAUAGAUUCUUAAACUCCUGAGCAGAUGUUGAGGUGCGUAGGAAACUGCAGAUAGAGAAAUGGGGAAAGGGAACUUUGUAAGCUGCCUUAUAUUGAGUGAAAGUAUUGCUCCAUAUAUCAGGGCGAUGGACUACACUCAACCAAGUCUCCAAAUUCUUCCAUAAUUUUGACAGUCUGGGUUGUAUGAUGUGUAGCUGUUGGGAAGAAAUAUCAGGCAAGAAGUGGAGACAGGCACUAGGCUGGGGAAAUUGUGUAUAGUCUGAGACCUUUCUGCUCAUCAGCUAUGUCUUCCCCAGAGAAUGUAAAACCCUUGUGCCAUCUAAGAUGCUAGUGAGCUAUGACCCUCCCUUCUCUGCUCAUCUCAUCAUUUUUUUGAUGAGAAUAACAGAAGAUGGAACAGUUGUUACUAAGCAUGUCACUCUGCUUCAAACUGUAUACACGUGCUCUUUCAAAAAGUCGUUAGGCGUUGAGAGGUUGGGGUUGGCCUAGGGUGUGAUUUUUCAUUUGUGGUUGGCUGUGGUGGUCUUUGUUUCAUUUG